CUCCCAGGAUCCCUCUCCAGGUCCCUCUCCCAAGAUCCCUCUCCCAGGAUCCCUCUCCAGGUCCCUCUCCCAGGAUCCCUCUCCCAGGAUCCCUCCCCUGGAGUCCCUCCCCUGGAGUUCCUCUCCAGGAUCCCUCUCCCAGGAUCCCUCUCCAGGUCCCUCUCCCAGAACCCCUCCCCUGGAGUCCCUCUCCCAGGAUCCCUCUCCCAGGAUCCCUCUCCGGGUCCCUCUCCCGGGGGUCCCGGGCUCCCUGUGCCCUCCCUCACGCCCGUCCUUGCCUUGCAGCCGCUGGAGCUGCUGUGUGAGAAGUCCAUCGGGACGGCGAACCGGCCCAUGGGCGCGGGCGAGGCGCUGCGCCGGGUGCUGGAGUGCCUGGCCUCGGGCAUCGUCAUGCCAGAUGGUUCUGGUAUUUAUGACCCUUGUGAAAAAGAAGCCACUGAUGCUAUUGGGCAUCUAGACAGACAACAAAGGGAAGAUAUCACACAGAGUGCUCAGCACGCGCUGCGGCUCGCCGCCUUCGGCCAGCUCCACAAGGUCCUGGGCAUGGACCCCCUGCCCUCCAAAAUGCCCAAGAAGCCAAAGAACGAGAACCCGGUCGAUUAUACUGUCCAGAUCCCGCCCAGCACCACCUACGCCGUGACCCCCAUGAAGAGGCCGAUGGAGGAGGACGGGGAGGAGAAAUCCCCCAGCAAGAAGAAGAAGAAGAUUCAGAAAAAAGGUAUUGAGUUAACGAGAGGUAGGUACAGAGGG